AUGGCGUCCGACUCUGCUUCUUUACACACCAACGCCUCGCAGGAGACCUUGGUCUCCCUAUUACAGCUGGACCCUUCGCCAAUGGACAAUGACUCAACCAAGGAGAAGGAGCUUCCCGAUCUGCCAGAUGAAGCUAUGGAAUCAUCCACGUCCACAAUAGCACCCUCGUCCACACCGACGGGGUCGUCUUCGUCGCUGGGCCUCAGCGGACAUGGCCAUGGACCUAUAUACUACCUCUCGCGCAUCCAGCGCUACUCCAGCUACACCUUCACCCUCUUCGCCGGCCUGCACAUCGCCAACACGUCCGUAAUACCGCUGAUCUACCGCUCCGUCCCCUACUCCGAACCUUACCUCCUCAUGGCGCGCGAGCUCUACCAGACGCGCCUGGGCGAACCGCUCCUCGUCGGCCUGCCCGUGCUCGCACACGUAGCCUCCGGCCUCGCCAUCCGCCUGGUCCGCCGGCGGCAGAACAUCAAACGCUACGGCGGCGGCGCCACGCCCGGCAUGUGGCCGCUGAACCGGUCCAAGAGCGCCGCGUCGACCUCGUCCUCAUCCUCGAUAUCGUCUUUUCGUGCAUGGCCGCCCCUGAGUUACAUCUCGAUCUCGGGAUAUGUCUUCGCCGGCGUGCUCGCCGCGCACGUGGGCAUGAACCGCGUGCUGCCCCUCCUCGUCGACGGCGACAGCAGCAACAUCGGCCUGCAGUACGUGUCGCACGGCUUCGCGCGGGACGCCGUCCAGUCGUGGAUCGCGUACACGAUACUCAUAUCCGCUGGCGUGGGACACAUGGUCUGGGGGUGGGCGUGGUGGAUGGACGUCGCGCCGCCGCGGGACUGGAGGCGGACGACGGUCGACAGGAAGGUCAGGCGGCGGCGGAGGCGCGUGUGGUGGGGGAUCCAGGGCGCGGCCGUCGCGGUGGCCGGGCUGUGGGCCGCUGGUGGAUUGGGCGUCGUGGCGAGAGGGGGUGCUGUCGAGGGCUGGCUUGGGACGGUUUAUGAUGGUAUAUAUAGCUACGCUGGACAGUGA